AUGAGCAGUCGAGGGGGUGGCAGACACCGCGGCCGGGUGGUGGGGGCAGGGGAAGCGGAGGCAGCAAUUUUUACACCCUCCUCUACGGCCACCGCGCUGCCCACCGGAAGAGGGGGCCCCGUGUUUUCCGGCGGCGGCGGGGGCGGGGGCGGCGGUGGAGGCGGCGAGGCGGACACGACCGGCUUCCCACGGGUGAACAGUGAGCAGCCUGCGAUACUGCCGGCGUUUUGGUGCUGCGAGACAGCAGAAGGGGUGGUGGGGGAUGAGACAAAAGUGCCGGCUGCCUGCUGUAUGUCACACGGAGGACGGGCAACGAGGGCCGCGUGUGAAGUUCCGACGGCCGACGUGAGCAUCCAAGGCCAGCCGGCCUCCACAAUGAGGACUUCGCCAGCGCUUCGCGGGCGGUCCGCCGACCGCCGAGAUUUAUGCCGCCUGUCGGCGACGGCCAGCCCGGAAAGAGCUCGGGGGCGGCGUGGGGGCGGCGGCGGGGGCGGCGGCGGAGGCCGCGUGGGAGAACGCAACGGCCGCGCGUCAUACCACGCGAGCGGCUUCCGACACACAGUGACGUGUGACGUCACGAAAAGAUGA